AUGGAGAGAGAGAGAGAGAGAGAGAGAGAGAGAGAGAGAGAGAGAGAGAGAGAGAGAGAGAGAGAGAGAGAGAGUAAGAGUGAAACACUCAAGGAGAAGAGAAGAAGGAGUUGCCUUCAUGAGAUGGCUAGAAACAGAGCAUUUGGUAGGAUUCAAGAAGACAAGAAGAAGGCAUGCUUCUUCAAAGUUCUUGCAGAUGAAGAUCUAUCAUCUGAAUCUAUGAGGUUGAUUCCACACACGUUCUGGACAACAAGUGUAUGUAAGAAUUUCCCGCUUAAGUUUAUCUUGAAGGUGGUUUGGGGAAGAUCUUGGACAGUGAAUCUCUCAAAAUUCAUGGGGUUUUACCUUAUGGAGAGAAAGGGAUGGGAAAAGUUUCUAAACGACAAUAAUUUAGGAGACAAAGAGUUUCUGACAUUCACAGACGAAGGAAACAACUGUUUAACAGUUAACAUCUUCGAAAAGAAUUGUCAAGAGAUUCUCAGGCCAAUAAGAAGAACUACUACAAUCAUUGCUUCUUCUCCCUCCAGUGUCAAGAAGGAAGAGAUGAGCUGUGUUGGUCUGGUAAUAGAUGAAUCUACUAGAAGAGGAGCAAAAGAAAAGAAGGAGAGAGUCGAGGAAGACGAGGAGAGUGAAAAAUCGAAGAAGAUGAAGAUGAAAGCGGAUAAUAAUGUCUAUGAAGCUUCUUCAUCAUCUUCCUCGGUUGCUACAUUCAGUUUCACCAUCAAGAAAUCACAGCUCUUAUUGUUGAUAAUACCAAAAGAUUUUGCAAAGAAGCAUAUGCCGAAGGAGACAAGUAAGUUUAUCAUACAUGAUCCCAAGGGGCAGCCAUGGGAGGUGGUCUACGUUUAUCAGAGUGUGGCGAAAUUGUUUUCUAGCGGAUGGAGGAUUCUGGUGAGGGGUUGCGGUUUAGCGGUUGGAGAUUUCUGCACUUUGAGACUCAUUAAACGCAAUGAGAUGGUUCUUGAGGUCUUACAUUCGUCUCCAUCAAGUAGUGUUUGAUUUCUAUAUAUAGCUCAGAAGUUAGAAUGGGAGUUUUUGUUUCAGACAAACUUUGUGUCUCAAUGGAGCCGGAGAUCUAAUUUUGUUUGGAUAUUGGUAGGUUAA